UACAGUCGGACCGAGGUAUGAGAGAUCGAGGUCGGCUCGGGGGGAGGUUACCCUGCCAAUCUUCGUGCUCGUGGGAUGCUCUCGCGCAUCCUGAGGCAAGGCACCCUCGCAUGUCCGACGGCGCGCACGCCUCGGCAGGGCCUCGGCGUCGCCUCAAGGAGGGGGGGGCGCACAGCGCGGCCGUCGCGGGGCCAUCGCCCAACGCCCCCGUGCCACUGCCGCCCGAGGCGGCGCCAUGGCUCACCCAGCGGGCAUGCCGCCGCUGCGCCCCGCGGUGGGCUUCUGCAUCCAGACGGAGAGCACCGGGACUCCGCCCGGCCGCUGGUUCAUCAACAUGACCAGGCACAAGAUGGUGGACAUGCCCGUGGCCUACUCUGGAAGGCCCGUAUCCAGGGAAUUCAUCCUCUCCCACGGCAUCGGCAAUAUGCAGGUGCCCUUUGAUAUAGGCACGUUCCGCAAGCUGAGGGAGCGGGCGGAGGGCGCGAAACAGACGACGUACUGCGUCGACGUUGUCUUCAACCCGCUCAUCGUGCAGCUUUUCAUGGACGACGAGUUCUGCAAUGCCGACGGCCUCCAGAACUUCAGGACGUUCGUGAUGAACCUGGCACUUAAAAGAAUCGAAGAGAGUAUCGGCGUCAAGCUUUCGCUUCCGAAGGCGAAGCUGGUAAAGGCGUUCAGGUACAAGGACGGGGAGGAUGGCGGUCAAGAUCCCCGGGAGUUCACCGAGCUGCCAGGGGACGCAGAUUGUUUCGACGAGGAGGCCCCGAAGAAGCCGUCGAAGGAGGAGCCACCGCCAGAGCUGAUUCAGGACGUGACGCCGGGCAAGCCGAAGAAGCCAGCGGUCAAGAAGGGCUUCCUGAACAGCAGCUCGAAGUCCCUGUACGGGCCAGAGGGCUCCAAGGAGGGCGUGGUGCCCGAGAACGCAGGCGACCCCAUGGGCUUCAUCCCGAAAAAGCUCAGGCAGACCUGCAAGUUCGUCGACACGGCCGCACCAGAGUAUCAGGAGGCGGAGAAAAAGCGCAGAGCCGCGGAGGAACACAACGCGACGGCGCAGGAGUUCAGAGACACGCUGACCAAGGACCUGGACAAGUGGACCAGGCACGCUCAGCCCGACAAGUGGGAGCGCGACCUCCCGGACGCGGCCCCCCCGCCCUGCAAGUACGACAACGACUACUCCCGCUUCGACGACAUAGGCGCCUGUGAGGACGAGGCGGCGGCCCCCCCGGCCCAGCAGCGGGACUGGUACUGCGACGGCGACGGCAGGGUGCAGCGCGCGCCUUCCUCCGGCUCGAGGGCGCCCACGUCCGAGCCCGCGCCCGCGGCGGAGCCCGCGCUGAAGAAGGGGUUCCUGGACGGCGGGAAGAGCCCGCUGUACCCCAAGGGCUCUGAGCAGAGGGCGCCACCGACAGAGGAGCAGAUCAUGAAGGACAUGGCCAACCUCAUGGGCGUGGGGGGCUCGGAUGCCAGGCAGGGCCCCGCGGAGAAGAGACCAUCCGUGGCCGCCAAGGUGCCGGAGUGCAAGGCCCCAGAAUUCACGCUGAGCGAAGAGGCGGACAGCAUGAGACUCACGGUGUCGGUUCCGAGGCUCGAGUCCAUGCAGGGCGUCAGCCUGGACGUGACCGAGCAGCGGGCCUCCCUCGCCUUCCCCGGGGGCGCUGGCCUGAAACCGCUCCAGGUGGAAUUGCCCGUGGCCGUCGUCCCCACGGGCGCGAGGGCCAAGUUCUCGAAGAAGCGGUGCGAGAUUGCCGUGACUCUGCCGCUGGCCGCCCACUGAGCCGGGGCCCUCCUUUCUCGUCCUCCUCCUCGCUCCUCGCUCCUCGCUCCUCCUCCUC